AUGUCUUACCCUCUCGCUUCCUCCCUCCUUGCCGUCGCCUCCUUCCCGGGCUCCGACUUGGUCUCUCGUGGCUACGGACAGGUCGUUCCGGUGACAAGAUACGGUCGUCUAGCAACCAUAUUCUACGGUCUCUUCGGGAUUCCAAUGAUGCUUCUCUUUCUCGCUAAUUUGGGUAGUCUGAUGGCGGAUAUCUUCCGAAUGAUCUAUAAAUCUCUGUGUUGCUGUCUUACGUCAGGUAAAAAACGCGAUUCUCCAUCUCCGAUUCCUUCUACAUCUUGCGCAACUGCAAGUGGCUCUAAUAAACCCUCUGACAAUGGCUCCACUCCACUUUUACCACUUCGAGAUAUACCUGGAAGAGCAGCAUUCAAUGAUUCGCCUAAAGUCCUUCGAGGAGGAGGAGUUAAAAAGACCUCGGCUCUGCAGGAAUUGGUGAGGAAGACAGCACCUCUUCCAGGUAUCACAAAUAGCCUUUUCAUGACUCUGGCUGGAUCCAAUUCUGUCCUUACCAAGGCCCUUCAAGCACGAAAGGAGAGUCGAAGUGUACGGGUCCCAGUGUGGAUAAUUCUUUGUCUUUUUAUUCUUUACUUGAUUUUCGGCGCCCUAGUGUUUGCAUACUGGGAGCACUGGACCUUCCUGGAUGCCAUGUACUUUGUGUUUGUCACCGUCUCCACCAUCGGAUUUGGGGAUAUGCUUCCCGGUAUGGAUGAUCCACAUCCAGUGCAUAGGAUGAAUAAAUUCAUCGCAGCCAUUAUCUACCUUCUCUUCGGGCUGGCUAUGGUAGCCAUGUGCUUCGAUCUGAUUCAACUGGAGGUGAAGCGAAGCUCCAAAAAAAUAGCUAGGCGGAUUGGACUUAUAAGUAGCAUGUGA